AUGGUGGCCCGAGAUGUAGACGUCUCCACUGGGAACAACCCUUGGACGGAGCCACCAGCGGAUGUGCUGCAGGUGGGUUUGGCCUAUGCGGCCAGCUUCCUCAAGGACCUUGAAGACUUCGGAAGGACAUCGUCCAACCGGCUGAAGGUCGUGCUGGUUGGAUUGGGCAACGCAGGCAAGACCAGUGUUGCCGUUCGGCUAGAAGGCCUUGCGCCGUCCAAGCCCCUGCCGAGUGCCAAGGAGCGCACUGUUGGGGUGGAAAUACGGGAUAUACGGCUAGGAUCUGGCCCAGCGAAUGCACGAAGCGGAGGGAACGCCGAACUAGACGUGAAGCUGUGGGACUUUGCUGGGCAGAGAGCAUACUAUGACACGCAUCAGAUGUUCCUCACUCCGGGCGCCCUCUUCGUCCUAGUUGUGGAUAUGUUCGCGUACUCGGAGGACGGACAUUCUCGAGAGGAUGCUCUCGAGCAGUGGCUUGACAUCCUUCAAGCCCGAGUCCCCGGUUCGGUGGUCUUACUCAUGGGAACUCACAGCGACUCGUUCGACAGUCCAGCCGAGUGCAGCAAGCGGGUGGAUUGCUUCGUAAAAGGCGAGUUGUUACCAUUGUAUAAGAAUUUCAUCAUGAAACGGAUUGGCGACGAGUGCAAGGCAGCGGCAGAUCGGGGGCACGCGGGCGUACAAGACAACCGCCGCUAUGAACCUCUUCGCGUGGUGGUGGUGAAGGAGCUGCUUGCCCUCAACCUGUCCCCCUCCGGGGGAGUAACUACCGCGGAGCUCCGAGAGCAUAUUGAGGGAGUUGCCUACGGCGUUCAUGAUGGGUACUCGUUCCCUUCAGUGAAUAACGAGGUGCCCGAGCCGCACUUGCUCGCCGUGGCAACGCUGGAGGCGGUUCGUCGUGGUGUGAGUCUACGCGGUUCGGGCGGCGAGCCAGCUGAGGUGGCGCGCAGGCUCAACGCCGGGACGAAAGUUGGUGAAGGCCACCCGUUCGUUCUGUUCCCAGAGGCCCUGUCUCGUUUCCUUGAGGUUGCAGGCGAGAAACCCAUGUUUGGUGGGAAGGCAACAGAGGGAGCACGUGUUUUCCUGGCGGCCAUCAAGCUGCACGAAGUGCAGGGUGCGAUUCUCCUGACUCGUGCCGACGGUGGCGGAGAGAUGGAGGACAUGGCAUCUGAAGAGCACCUCGUCAUCCACAUGAACCCGGCCUGGUUUGCUGAUUUAAUUCGCCGAAUCGUGGACGUUCGGCUGCUCGACCCGGCGCAGGCGCGGCAGGAAAAGGUUGCUGAUUUGAUCAAGAGACAGCCACCCGCCUCUGUGGGAGACCUGUCGAAACAGCACCACAGGUUCUUUUUGGCCGGGGAGCUGAACAGACGCUACAUGAGGUUCCUCUGGAAAGACCGAGACUUGGAGUUGGGACCGGCAAGCCCAAAUACGGCGCCGCCUCUCGAAAUGUCGGAAGAAGACAUCACGACAAUAGUGGAGAGUUUACUUGACGUUCGGUUCAUGUUUCGAGUGCGACAAAACGAGGACCACUACAUUGUCCCGAGCUGCCUUCCUGACCACGUCGGAUGCGAUAUGGAUCCCAAGAAACUGAUGGAGUUGGAAGUGGGCGGUGCGAUUUUUUCUAGACGGCUCGAGUUUGUUGGAGCGCACUCCGUGCCCCCCGGGCUCAUCCCGAGGUUGCUCGCUUGGUGUGGCCAGGGAGACGAGCGCAUCACGGCGUGCUGGAAGCGAGGGGUUUGUUUCUCCUUCAAGGAACACUUGGUACUGCUCUAUGAGCAUCGAGAUGCUGGCCGCGCGGUGAUUGAGUGCCACGCCAUGGGAAGUGCGCACGACGAGAAGGCAUGGCGCACGUUGGAAGAUGUGGUCACAGAGCUUGGUCAGCUUGUGGGCGAUGCCAAGUACGGAUUCCCGGGCGUCGGACUAUUUUUCGUCGGGGGGGGGGAUAAGCAGAAGGUCAGCUCAGCUGAAACACUCGAGGGCUUGCUCACGCGCUUCACCGGCGAGCUGAAGGAACAAAUUAAUGUCAAGGUCGAAGAGCUUGGGCAGAAGCUGGACGACAUCGCAGGGGGCGUUGAAAAGCACUUGCGGAAAGGACAGGAGGAGAUGGCAAGUCUACGGGAGGAUGUGUCACUUCAACUCGACUGUAUUGCCGCUGUCACGAGCGAGUGCCUGCUGGUGUCUGCCGAGAAAGACAUCCCAUGCCCCCGCCUCAUCAUGGUAUCGGAGGAUGAUGUGCCUGAAUCUGACCAGUCACGGCUGUCUCAUUUUCGCCGGGAGAUGAUGGACCAGUUGUUCCUCGGGAAAGGGCAAACGCCUCAGCACUAUCGCAUUCGCUUUUUGUGUGCGUACGACUUGAGCGCGGCCACCUGCGGAGAGGAUGGCCUCGGAUACAAGGUUGAGAUCGGGAGCUGGAAAGGGUGGCUACAAAAGUACAUGCCGGUCAUCCAAGUGGCUCUGUGGACUGUUCGUGUGGGUGUCUCUGUCGUUUCUCGCGCGGACAUCUUGCCAGUAGACGACGUAAUGGGGAAACUCAGGGAGGUUGCUGGAGAGGAGGCGGCGACAAUGAUCGGGGAGAUAGACGUCCGAGGCCACUGCUCCCUUAGCGGCCAGGAUCUUGUACAGGAGGUGGACCGCAAAGCCGAGGUGUUCGGUAGUGCCUUCAACAAGCUUGCCGAUUGGGCAAUGCCGUUGGUGAGGGUGCGGAAGACGGGGGGCGAUGCUGCUGGUGGUUGUGCAGUUGGUGGCGUCGCUCUCACAACAGCACACCCGCUCCGACUGGCGCAGGGGGCGGAACGGCGCCUAGGGGCUGUGCGACGUCCGGGAAUGUCACCGGCAGGGUUCCAGCUGCUCCUGUAG